UGAAUAUGCUCUUACUCGUUACAUCACUUCCCGGAUCUGACCGAAACACUCACAGAUGAAUGGCGCCCGUUAAAGAUUAUGCGUCAGACAGAUAUCUUUCCGUCUAGUUAGUUAGGUAAUCUUGGUUAAUUGGCUGUUCUGCUGCUAACAACAUAAUGUCGAAAAGGAAAGUUACGUUCGAGGAUGACGAGGGGGGCGAGCUUGCUGAAGCUGAUGAACUCCCAAAGAAAAAGAUCUGCGAGGAUGUUAGUGGGCCUGGCUCCAGGUUUAAGGGUAAACACUCCCUGGACAGUGAUGAAGAGGAUGACGAAGAGGAUAGUGAGAAGACCAGCAAAUACAACAUACUAGCCAGUGAUGAUGUAGAAGGUCAGGAGUCUGCAACAAUUGAUUGUGAUGAAGGGGUUCCCAUCACUCCCUUCAACUUGGAUGAAGAGAUGGAGGAAGGGUACUUUGACUCUGAGGGAAACUACUUCAUUAAAAAAGAUGAGGAUAUCAGGGACAACUGGCUUGACAACAUUGAUUGGGUCAAAAUCAAAGAACAGCCUUUUAAGCGAAAGAAGGGCCUUUCAGCCAAGAGGAGGCGUCGAGUCGGGGAUGAAGACGAAGCCGAAGAGGAAAAACAGCGGGAAGAGCAGCAGGCGAACACCGACGAAGAGGAAGAAGGGGAGAAGGAACCUGCCGAGGACCCGCUGGCUUCCUUCACGCAGUACCAGCUCACCGAGGCUCUGCUGGGAAUGCUGUUACCGGGGGAAACCGUUGCCGCGGGACUCCGUCGACUCGGAGGUCUAGGGGUCCGCAAGAAGGGCAAGCUCAGGGAGAUCGAUGACAAGUUAGAAGUGGCCAACAGGGAUGCAGAGAAGCUUGACAGACUCACUGCCCUCGCAGACAGACUGGUCGGGAGUGGCAUGUUUGAAAUAUACCAGCAGACCUAUGAAAAACUAGCCUACAUACUGAAGGGGAUGAACAAGAAGUCACAGAAGAGGGCUACUCUUGAGGGGAGCGAGGAGGAAGAUGAGCUCGACAUGUUUGCAGACAAAAUUGACGAGAAGCGCAGUAGCAGAUCACAGGACAAAGAAGAGGAAGAUGAGAAAAUGAGUGAUGAAGUAAUGUGGGAGUACAAAUGGGAGAACAAGGACAAUUCUGAACUCUAUGGCCCCUUCACCAGCCAACAGAUGCAGGACUGGGUGGAUGAAGGCUACUUCAAAGAUGGUGUUUACUGCAGGAAGGUGGAUGAUGGAGGUUCUCAGUUCUAUAAUUCAAAGAGACUCGACUUUGAGCUUUAUACAUGAACUGUUGACAUGCUUUGACAUGCUAAUACCUUACACGUGGUUUUCCCUCCAUUACCUUUGAAAAGAUGAAGUGUGCUGGUCCUUUACUGCACACUACCCCUCUUGGUUUUUUUAAUAAACAAAUUAUAUCUAUCAAUGAUU